AUGACACCAAAUUCGUCACCGUUAAAACGCCGCCCAUUCGGUUUGAAUUUGCUCCAGUUAUUUAUGAGAAACUUUAACGCUGAACAAAGUUUAUUAUACGCGUCUGCAUGUAAAAACCAGGUCCAUCAUUUCGCGCGCAGUGACGCAAUUCUCUUGACGCGGUAUUACGCUAUAAAAACAUCAGAGUGCGAAGAAACCUGUUCCUCAGUCUGCUUAUUAUCGUCAUUUACUUUGCUAGGAAUACGCUUAAUCGCAAUUUAUCACAAUGGAAACAACAAUAAACAAAAUACUUCCUGUUUGUAUACUAAGACUGCUUUGAUAGCAGGGUACUAUCCAGUUUCUUCUGAUCAUUUCCUUCUAAUCCAACAAAGCAGCUUUCUUAUUUUGAAAGAGGCAGGCCUUGUUACUAUUCAAUUACUUAAAAUAUUUAGAACCUAUCAUUUUCCUCCAAAAAUUGUUAUAUUUUGUUUAACUAAAAGAAAUCACAAAGAAACAACAAAUAAGCGUAAACCUACGAGAAAUGUCGCUGUAAACAAAACAACUAUGUUUAAUGAUACAAAAUUUACUUGCAGUCAUAAUUGCAUGGAGCAGAAUAAUUUGGGAUUGAUUUUGGAUGAGUAUAACACUACCAAGAAAAACAAAGAAAAAGAAAAAGAAAAAUUUAAUUAUGGAAAAGAAAACCCUCAAAAAAAUCAGAAAAAGAAAAAAACUCAAAAACAACAACAACAACAAAAACAACAACAACAACCCAAAAAACAACAACAACAUAUUCAGCAACAACAACAACAUAUUCAGCAACAACAACAACAUCAAAUGCAGCAACAACAACAAGAAAUUCAAGAGCAACAACAACAACAACAACAACAACAACAACAACAGCAACAACAAAUGCAGCAGCAACAACAACAACAACAACAACAACGGCAGCAGCAACAAGCCCCAAGAGAAGUGUGGAGGAAUGGAGAAAAAUUUAUUCUACAUUCAGUUGUCCGAAGGAAUCCGAGAAGAGCAGUGAAGAGAGUGGCGGAAAAUGAUGGUGCAGCAGUGUUGGUCAGAGUUAGGCGGAGGAGGUUAAACCGAGGGGAAAAUCGCGAAGAGGAAGAAAAUGAAAAUAUCCAUAAUGAGGCCUUUGAGCAACCACCACCAAUUCAACCAGUAGCACCCAUGCCAGUGGAGGAGGAAGAUCGACCAUACAUAGUCCCACUUGAUCCUCCUCCAAACUUACAAAAUUGGCUUGAAAACGCACCAGAAUGGCUAAGAUUAUACAUGCGCACACAAGAGGAGAGAGUUUCUGCUUUGGAGGCUCGCGUGGAGGCACUAGAGAAUAACUUACAACAGAGGGGGGCAGCCAGGGCUCGGUCUCCACCACUUUCCAAUCCACCAUCACCUCGUUCCCUUAUUCCUAAUCGUUGUUUACCUGUUCCAAAACUUCCACCAAUACCCCUUUCUUUAUCAUCGUCAUCUGUAACUGUAUGUGCGCCUCGUUGUUUGUCUGUGCCGUGUGUUUCGUUGUCUUCGUCUACGUUAUGUCCAUGUUCUUCCUCCCCGCAGAAUCCACCAUUCCCUUGUGAACACCCUAACUCUCCAGCAUAUUCCCCCGUUCCACCACCAAUCCAGCCAACAAAUCAAUCAACACCCAUUUCUUCCAAACGACGUUAUCCCCGCUUCUCAUUCCACACUCCAUCAACACCUCCAGGCCCACCUACACCACCACGCCCACCUACGCCACCACGCCCACCAACUCCACCUCAUUUGCCUACUUUCUUUCCUCCGAUAACGUCUAAUCCAACACCAUCUACCCCCCGCCCAUUGUCAUUCCGUGUUAAUCGUCGUCCCGCCCUUUAUAGCCGUCCCACCCCUCCAUAGCCACCUCCUAUUUAGGUUUCUUGUAAGUUUGGUAUGUAAGUGAAAUGAUUGGCUGUGGAGGGACAAUUACUUUUUCUUAAUUUCUAAGAAGUAGUGGUUUAUACUUUGUUCCGUUUUAACCUUAGUGAUACCGAACGUUUUACUAAUGCCUUCAUCUUUUUUCUCGUAAAAGGGAGUAUACGUCGUUACAUGCAGCUGUGUAUUGCAGCAUAAAUGUUUUGCUUUUCUCAACAGUUUUGUAGGAAGACUAAAAUGCAAGUACCCUCAGAGGUUUAUGCAAAUAGAUUUCAUACUUGUGUUCAUUACGUAACAGUGUGAGUUGCUCGUCAUAUCAGUUCUGGCUUUCUGUUUAAGUUAAAUGCUAACAUCCAGAACUAUGAGAAUGUUUCAGAAUGGAGAGAUAAUUCGGGCAUAGAUUGUCUGUUAAACAAAUAGCUUCAUUGAAAAAUAUAUGCAUAAUUACACGUAUGAGGGGAAAAUUUUAUCCAUUGUUAAAUGUUGAUAACGUUUAUAUGUAUCAUUUUGACUUUUAAAAUUGUAAUAUUUUUGUUAACAUAUAUCAUUAAUAUAGAGACAAC